ACACACUCGCGCGGCGGCCGCUGGAGGAGGAGGCGGCGGCGGCGGCGGCGGCUGUGGCUGUUGUGGCGGCGGCCGUGCGGCGCGGCGAAGCGAGGCUCCGGGCCAGGGUCGAAGCGGCCGGCGGGCCUGACGCAGGCGGAGCGGGCAAAAUGGCGGCUGCCGCCCAGGUGUGCGAGAACAUCCAGAUGCUGCUGGAGGCGGCCGAGUUCCUGGAGCGCCGGGAGCGAGAAGCCGAGCAUGGCUAUGCUUCCAUGCUACCUUACAGCAUCAAGGAUAGAGAUGUCCUAAAACGAAGAAACAAGUCCAAGAAAAACAGCAGUAGUAGCAGAUCAACACACAAUGAAAUGGAGAAAAACAGACGUGCUCAUCUGCGUUUGUGUCUGGAGAAGCUUAAAGGGCUGGUGCCCCUGGGACCAGAAUCCAGUAGACAUACAACACUGAGUUUACUAACGAAAGCUAAAUUGCACAUAAAGAAACUUGAAGACUAUGACAGAAAAGCUGUACACCAAAUAGAUCAGUUGCAGCGAGAACAGCGGCACCUGAAAAGGCAGCUGGAGAAGCUGGGCAUUGAGCGAAUAAGAAUGGACAGUAUAGGGUCAACAGUUUCUUCUGAACGCUCAGAUUCAGACAGAGAAAUUGAUGUGGAUGUGGAAAGCACAGACUAUCUAACAGGUGACCUAGACUGGAGCAGCAGCAGCCCAAGUGAUUCAGAUGAAAGAGGAAGCUUGCAGAGCGUCUGCAGCGAUGAGGGCUACUCAAGUGCUGGCAUUAAGAGAAUAAAGCUGCAGAAGAAUCUUAAGGCCUGUCUCAGCCUAUAAGGAGCCAGUAGCUUUUCUUCAUCCAUUGCUGUUUCCCUUGUUGGAUCCUACUAGGUAGUAUGUCGGACUGUCCCACGAUUCUCUUGCACGUAAACUUCUUGUACCACCAACGUUACCAAAAUCUGCUUGCCUCAGUCUGAAAACAGUGCGUAGGGUUGGGGGUUACAAGCUACUCUCUGGAGCACACGCCGGCUGGCAUCCACUAGCUUCUCUUUUCCGUCAGUAAACUCAUCUCUGUGAGACUGAACAUUCCAAAUUCCUAGCACCCAGACUGUGGUUGCAGUAACAGCAGCGUACACUUUUGCCUCUGCUGCAGUUGCUUCACAUUCUAGAGAAACCCUAUUUGCUUUGAGGUGGGAAAAUGGGAGAUCAGGCCCGCCUAGCCGCUGUUCCUCAAAGGUGGCUUCUGUCAAAGACAUUCUGUUUUCCUGUCCUUUAGAAAAGCUGGAAAUUGGCAUUGACAGGCUUACAACACAUUGUAAGUUUCUGUUCGGGAAUUAUGCAGUGGAACUUAGCAAAAACUGUUCAGAAGUUAUUCUGGAGUUUCCCAAGUCCUUGCAAUUGUGACAUAGCCAUCUCUGAGGCGUCCCUGCCAAUGCAGAGUCACGGCUCCCUUUGGAUUUAACAUGCUGAGCUAGCCUUCUCAGUAGGUCCCAUGGGGCUAGGUUUGCGGCAGGUGACCAGCAGAUUAAAAUGAAGUUUAGCAGAAAAAUACUAGGAGUAGAAUUGUGCUGGAGACUUUUAAGGGGGAAGGGGUUCUCACUUUUAGCUGAUGGCCCCGCUAGGACGCCUUCACUCAAACACUUCUCUCUGCCUUUGUGUCAAAAGACCAAAUAUUUCUCCUGUGUGAUCUUCAUUAUGAUGUCUUUGCAUUUACGGCUGCAUUUAGCCUUUGUUCCUAGCAGCUUUUCUAGCUGCUAAGUCCUGCUUCUUGUCUCUGGGACAAUUUUUCUACCUCAGAGAGAUGAACAAAGCUGAUCUCAAUCCCUUUAGCACAAAAGAAUUAUGCCUCAUUUAUAUGCUUGGUUCUAGUCCAAUCUGUUUACUUAAAAAUUCAGCAAUAACUGAGUGACAAAGUUAGCAGUGCUAGCUUUGAGUUAAUGACUGGGGAGACUGCAUUGAAGUAAAUCUGUGGUGCCCUCCUGGCAGUGGAGCACUGCCUUGCCCGUUUAAGUUUUUUUUGAUAGCCUCAGAAAGUGACUUCUGUGGGGAAUUUGGGUUUUUGACCGUCAGACUUUACUCUUUUUGCCCCCUUUUCACAGCCUCGGGUAUUCCACAUCAGCAGGAUUCUUCACUUAAGCUGUACAGAGCACACGCAAAUGUACAUAACAUGUGGUCUAUAAAUAGUAUUUAUUCGUUUUUAUAUAUAAACUUAACGUAAUAUUCUUAUGUUUUUGUGCUUUUAUAGAUGUUUAGAAAACUUUGUACGUCAUGGUCUACCACGGAGAUUUCCACAGAGAUUUCUUUCUUUUUGUUUUGAGCCCUCUUGGCCAACUCCUCACCACGUUUAAGAUGUCGCUUUUCCCAUGCACAGUUGGCAGUCCCCCACUCUGAGAGGACACCCAAGAGCCAGUUGAGCAGCUUCAGGUCACUUCACUCUGAAAGGGCUACACAAAUUACUUAGCUUCAAAAUAGGGUUCACGCUUGCUUGCAGGCCAUGGCCCGAGCUGCCAAAACCCAUUAGGACGCUGUCAAAGUUGAAAACAAACAACACAAAAUGAUUUUUUUUCCAAGAAGCUUGACACUAUCUCUAGAUAAAUCUUCUAGAUGGGAAGUGGGGCUAGUGGAUUGCUAAAGAUCUCCAAAGCUAUUUCCUUUGAGUGUGCUGUCCUUCAAAAUAAAAUGCAGCUGGAUGUCCAGCAGUCUUGCACUGAACGCCUCCUUUUCAGAGGCCACCCUGCAUUUGCGAGCUGGCUUUGAGUCCAAGCAGAAAAACGUUCAGAGAGUUCGCUCCCAACCUGUAAACUUUAAAGGAGUUGAGUAGCUGCACUUUUAGGUCCUUCGUUCCGACAUGUUUUUGCCUGAGACCUUUGAGCUUCUAUAUUUGCUGAUGAGUUGCAUAAAACUAUCUCACGUAUUCAACUCUGUUGCCAUCUUAAGGUUCAAAGUAACUUCAGAUUUUGGGGGCAUUUUGGUGGAGUACUUUAAAUUACAAAUUUGUGUACUUUCCUUUAGAAGUAAUAAGUCUUAAGGAUUCAAUCUACUAUGUUUUUAAUUGAUGUGCCUUUUAUGAGUUAAUUGUAAGUGGGCACAGUCCACUUCUGAGUUCUCCGGAGUAUCACCUGUCUUCCCCUCCCCGCCCCCAGUCCCCAGAAUAUCUAAAUGAACGGAAGUGGCAGGCCCAUCUGUGGUUCUGUGUAGCUGCUUUCAUUUUGGUGAACCUUAGGCAGGAGAAAUUCUUGGUGAAUUGUGCCCAGCUUCUUUUUUUAGUAAAAUACUGUGGAAUUUUGUUUUAUUUUAUUGUCCCUAUUGUGAACCAGUAAUUGAUCUUUGCACUGUCUGGAUGUGGUCCUUGGAUGGUACAGAUAUAGUAAAUUUUACAAGUAAUGCACUAAUAUCAAAAACUAACCUAAAAAGGUUUGUAGUGUUUCAGAAAAAUCUAGACAAAUAACGUAAAUUGUCCUGUGGGCUCCAGGGAUACCUUCUAAAAUCUUGGCUACGACUUGUCUUGGCAGCUCCAGACUUCUGUGGACCUCGCUGCUGCUCUCCAGCCGUCCUUCAAACAGCCGCCCCUACUUCAAGUGGGCCCAGCUGCGUACGUGGCCUGCAGGACUGCCUCUGUGGCUGUCGGCCACGCGUGCGGGAGGCGCAGUGCGAGGCCACACAAGCCUAGCCUUUCCGACCAGGUGUUUCCUGCCCUGCUGGAGCGGUGCGCGAGUGGCCAUGGAGGCGCAGCCACAUCACUCGGGUUCUGGGUAAAACCGGGCUGUGGGAGCGGGGCGUCCUGGUCCAGCCAGCCUUCCUCUUGAAUUCACUGAUCCACCAGCAUUAUUCAAUAAACUUCAGAAAAUUAAUUUUGUAGAUUGUUAAAAGGGAGCUGGGGUUGUUUCUGUACAUGUGUUUACAGCUGGAAGUUGUGUGGGUGUUUAAAUAGGUCACACUAAAUGCUGUUGUACUUGGUAACUUCCUGUGCAGACAGUAAACCUGGGGUGCACUUGAUUGAAAAUGGAAAUCCAAAAUUUGUGCUCUUACUGAUCAGAAGUUAAUAUGGGUGUCAGGGUGACAGUCUGAAGUAUCCGGAAAAGUAUUGUCUGUACCUGAUGAACCUUUUUCCUGAGUGUUGAACACCCAGAACUUUUAUUAUGGUAUUGUGUUUCAUUUUGGUUUUUUUUUUUUUUUUUAAUAAAGCAGAGCUUUCAAGGUGCUGAACUUUUUUCCAGGGUUGGUGUGAAUACCUGUUGUUUUUUUUAAAUUCAAAUUCAGAGCACUUACUUGAGAUGUCCAGUUAGGUGCCACAAACUUUUCCAGCAAGAUUCCAGAGUUCUGGGCAUUCGCAGGCUGCGUCCUGCCAACUGCCUCUUCAGCACUUUGUUCUCACACCAGGCACUUCCCUCCUCCUCCGGAAGCCCCCACGUGUCUUGGUGCUGCCCAGGAUUCAGUACCGGCAGCGGAGCGCGCAGCCAGGAGAGGGCCCUGCGCUACUGGGGGGGGAGGGGAGGAGGAGGGGAGGCACAGCUGAGGGGGGAGGGUUCUUUUUUAAGUGCUCACGGCCUAACGAGGGUGUGCAGGCAUCUGGCAUAAAGUCUAGCAAUAUUCGGGGACUCCGUCCUCCUUUUACCCCCUUGGUAACAUACGUCAGGUUUUGACACUUACUGUAUCGGGACAAAUUCUGCUUUCUGUACCUAGUUAUGCAUUUGCUGCCCUGAUUCCCUGUAUCGUGUUCUUCUUUUCCCGUGGCAUCAAUCUGCGAGAUUUCUUUACUUUCCGUUAGCGCAAGUGGCCACUUUGCCUGUGGCAUCUGAAGCUUCCUGAACAGCUGCGUGAAGGAGUUGUGCUUUGGUUUGGAGGGGAAGCUGCCCCAGAUUACCGGGCCAAUGAAAUCUUUCCAUGCUCCUGCGUCUGUGUAGCGGGACUUCCUUUAGCAAACCUGUUUGUGUAACAUAUUAUGGUCCAGUUGAACAUUGCGUAAGAGUCGGCUUGUCUCCGACUGUAACCCUUCAGUGGCUUGGGUAUGCUUGCUGAAACGUAGCUGUUCCCUUCUUAGGUGCCCACAGACUUGCCCUGCCCGGAGGAGUUUGGCUUUAUUUUUGCGCAGUCCUUUUGUAUUAACCUAGGAACUUUCAUCAAAUAGGUGCUCUUAACAACACUUGCUGUUUUGAACUCUUGAGUUUAGUUUUGGAGUCUUCCAAAUAAAAAUGCAGCCUGAACAGGAGAGCAGCAAAAGGGGGGAAAUAGAAAUUCGGUUUCCAGAUGUUCAGUUCCUAAUGUAAAUACCACAUUAUUGCGAAUCCUGUGUCAAGACCAUAUAAUGGUGCUUUUUAUUACAGUUAGCACAUGCAUUUUUAGAAACUACAUGUUUUAGACAACCUUGCUGUGUAUAUGUAUACUUCUGUAUUGUUCAACUGUUAGAAAAUAAAUUAUUUCAUUAUUAAA